UUUCGCAAUAACCUGCGAAUUCUCAACUUCAAAACCCCACCCUCACAACAGCACCGAAGGUGCAAUUAACCGUCACCAUGGGGCCCUCCAGACGUAUGCAGAAGCAGGGAAUGCCGGACAAGUUGGAUGAGGCGCAUUUCACAAAUCUGAAGAGGAAGGCUGGCUUAAGCGUUACGGAGGCGCGGGAUGAGAGCAAGAGGGUCAAGGUGUCUGCGAAGAAGGAGCAAGAUCACAAUAUGACCAAGAAGGGAAGCCAUUCCGAUAAGCCGGCAAGGAAGACAAAGACGACGACACAGGUGAAGAAGGGGAAGCCCGUUGUCAAGGCUGUAUCGAAACCUGCACCCAAGGCAAAGAAGGGCCCAAUGCCACUUCCAGGCAGCGAUGACGAUAUGGAGGGCGCUGAUAGCGACGAAUCAGAUCUGUUGAAUGACGAGUUCGAUGACCUGAGCGGGGAUGAGGCCGAGCUGGCCAAUGCAGAUGAGUUUAUGGACUCGGGGUCAGAGGUCUACGACUCGGAGGAGGACCACAAGACGAGGGCAAUGUUCUCGGAGGACGAGGAUGAAAGCGAUGCAGAGGAGAAGUUGACGGCGGCUAAUAUUGCGGGGUUGUCUCGGAAGUUGGACGAGCAGAUGGCAGCGGAGGCAGCUGAUGCUCAGCAGGAAUUGGAGGAUGCCGCGAUGCAGACAAACCUGGCCGGUGACAGGCCCAAGGUCUUUUCGGACGAAGAGAGCGGAGACGAUGCCGCGGUGAAGAGCAAGGCUCUUCUUGCUCCAGAUCUUCAAUUGUUACGUUCGCGCAUCAACGACACUGUUCGCGUUCUCGACGACUUUGCGAACCUAUCCGAGGAAGGCCGAUCAAGAGCAGAGUACACUGCGCAAUUACUCAAGGAUGUUUGCGCAUACUACGGUUACUCUGAGUUCCUGGCCGAGAAACUGUUCAACCUCUUCCCGCCCAAGGAGGCAUUUGCCUUCUUUGAGGCCAACGAGACAGCACGCCCGGUAGUCAUCCGCACAAACAGCCUGCGGACUCACCGCAGAGACCUCGCGCAAGCCCUGAUCAACCGUGGAGUUACCCUCGAGCCUGUUGGAAAGUGGUCCAAGGUUGGUCUCCAAGUCUUCGAGUCUGCUGUGCCGCUCGGUGCCACACCCGAAUACCUUGCUGGCCACUACAUCCUCCAGGCCGCCUCCUCCUUCCUUCCCGUCAUGGCCCUCGCACCGCAAGAGAAUGAGCGCGUUCUCGAUAUGGCAUCCGCUCCCGGUGGUAAGACGACUUAUAUCGCUGCCCUAAUGAAGAACACUGGCUGCAUCUUCGCCAACGAUUCCAACAAAGCUCGUGCCAAGGGUCUCAUUGGUAACAUCCACCGUCUGGGCGUCAAGAAUACGAUUGUGUGCAACUACGAUGCACGCGAAUUCCCCAAGGUGAUGGGUGGCUUUGACAGGGUCCUGCUCGAUGCUCCCUGCUCCGGUACUGGUGUCAUUGCCAAGGAUCCGUCCGUGAAGACGAACAAAACUGAGCGCGAUUUCCUGAUGCUACCGCAUCUCCAGAAGCAGCUCCUGCUCGCAGCAAUCGACUCGGUAGACCAUGCGUCCAAGACGGGAGGAUUUAUUGUGUACUCAACUUGUUCGGUGACUGUGGAGGAGAACGAGUCGGUUGUGCAGUACGCUUUAUCGAAGCGACCUAAUGUGAGGCUCGUGGAGACUGGCCUGACGUUUGGCAAGGAGGGUUUUACGGCGUAUAUGGGCAAGAACUUUGACGCAAAGAUGAAGAUUACACGGAGAUACUACCCGCACGCGUACAACGUGGACGGUUUCUUUGUAGCGAAGUUCAAGAAGUUCGCUCUCACUCCUGGCAAGGGACUGGGCAAUGCAGCACCUGCAAAGGACCAGGCGGCCAAGAAUGACGAGCUGGAUGUUGACAAGCGUCCGAUUGAGCUGAUGGGUGGUGAGGAUAAGAUGGAGUGGGAUGAUGAGGCGGAUAGGGUUUUCAUUGACAAGGCACAACGGGCACGCAUGCGCCGGAAGGGCAUUGAUCCUAAUGGGGCGGCCAAGAAUGCAGAGCCUGCGGUGAGGGAGGAGAAGAAGAAGGUGAACAAGAGCAAGGAGAAUGCGAAGAAGAAUCUUGCCAAGAAGGCAGAGCUGGAGAAGAAGAAGGCCGAUGUGGAGAUGGCUGAUGCGUAGUUCUGUCUCGAUAUGAGUGGAGUUCUAAGACUUGCAUAAUAGGAGUUUUGCUAGGAUAGCCGGAAUACUAUUUCGAGA